AUGAAUUAAAAUUAAAGGAAAUUCGUUAGAUGUUUCAAUUGUAAUAUCAAACCUGCAACCAUAAAAUGUUUUAAUUGUAAUGAAAAUGAACCAACUAAAUUAUGUUAUCAUUGUGAUUCUGCUUUACAUGUUGAAUAAGAUCAUUAAAAAUAAAUUAUACCCUAUGAUCAAAUGGUUAUAAACGAAGAAAGAACGAAAUCAGUUACGCCUGAAAAAUAACAUGAUAAUACUCCUCAUUUAAGUUCUAUAUUAAGAUCCAGAAUUAAAAAAAAUGAAGAAAAUACUUAUUAUUUAAAUAAUGAUGAAUAAUUCAAUAAUAAUUAAAUUAAGUCUAUAGAACUUAAAUACAAAAUUAAAUUGCAAGAGUAAGAAAAUACAAUUAAUUUAUUGAAACAACAUAUUGAAAAUAUAGAAAAUAAACAUUAAGAAAAUUUAUCAAAGAUGAGAGAUUAAUUAAUUAAAGCAUAAGAUGAAAUAUUCAAAAAACAAGAAGAAUAAAUUCAUGAAAUAAAUAAAUUAAAAAAGUCCUAUGAUGACAAAAUAUCUCAAUAUGUCUCUUAAAUUGAUAGUGAGACAUAAUUUAAUAAUUCACUUCAAUCUAAAUUAGAUGAAUUAAGGUAUUUUUAUUAUUUAUUUUUAAGAAAUGUUCAUUAAAUAAAAUAGUAAGAAUCGCAACAAACAAUUUCUUAAUUAAGAGCUGAAAUUGAAAGAAGAAAGUUCACUGAAGAAUAAAUAUUAUUAGAUUCUGAAAAUCAGUAGAUUAAAUUGAAAAAAGAUCUUUAGUAAGAAUUAGAAAAAAAUAUAACAAUUAUGAAAAAUGAUUGUGCUUUACAGAUUGAAGAAUUUAAGUAAAAGUUAUAAGGAAAAGCUGAAUAAAUUUAAUCUCUUCAAUAAUAAAUCUAACAAUUAUAAAACACACUUAAAGAUAUUGAAAUUGUAUGGUAAAAGAAACUUUAAUAUGAAUAACUAUAAUAUGAUGAAUUAAAGUAACAACUAUAUUUAAUUUUAGAAUAAAAUAUAUAUAGAGUAAAGAUGAUUGUGAAGCUUUCAAGAAAGAAAUAAAAAAUCUAUAAUCAGAGAUAAAUAUAUAUUUAAAAGAAAAUGAAUUGUUUCAGAAAGAAAAACUAUCAUUAACUAAAUAAUUAAAUCAAUAAAUGGAAAAAAAUGGAAAAAUGGAUCGAUUCAUAUAUGGAUCCAAAAAAUCGCAAACCAAAAUCAAAAUUUGA